GGUGCCGUCGGUGCCGCCGCCGCCGCCGAUAUGGCGCGCACGGCCCCUGUGGAGCCCCCGCUGCGGCAUCCCGCGCCCCCCUCGCCGGCCGCGGGCGAGCCCCGCACCUCAGUCGAGGCAGCGGUGGCCCCGCGGAGGGUGCUGUUCGCCGAUGAGGCCCUGGGGCUGCCGCUGGCGCAGCUGCGCCGCUACCGGCCGUGGGGCGGGCCCGGGGCGGGCAAGAUGGCGGUGGCGGCCGGGCAAGAUGGCGUCGGCGGCGGGGCUGACGAGGACGACGAUGGCGAGGAUGGGGAUGAAGGGGAGGAGGAAGAGGAGGCUUGCCCCGAGCCCUCGCCGCUGUGCCCCGUUCCCGCUGGCGGGGGGUUUUACCUGGUGCCCACAUUUUCGCUGCCGCCCGCGCCGGGUCGUCUGGAGCGCUUGGGGCGCGUCAUGGUGGAGCUGGAGGCACUGCUGCCGCCUCCCGGAGCGGUCCCCGGGGGUGCCGGGGUGUGGGUGCCUGGGGGGCGCCCACCGGUGCUGCGCGGGUUGGUCCGCGUGCUGAACCGCUCCUUUGAGAAGGCGGUGCACGUGCGGGCCUCACACGACGGCUGGGCUUCCUUCUGCGACCACCCAGCGCGCUACGUCCCGCGCAGCCCGCCAGGGGCAGGAGCGGGAGGACCAGGAGCAGGAGAUCCCAUCCUGGAUCUGGGCCUUGGCUUGGGCCCCAGCCAGGCGCCCGCCUCCUCGCCCGACGACGGCGGCCGCACCGACCGCUUUGCCUUCCAGCUGCCCUUUGCUGAGGGUGCGGGCGAUGGGGCGCGCCUGGACUUCGUGGUGCGCUAUGAGACCCCCGAGGGCACUUUCUGGGCCAACAACCACGGCCGCAACUACACAGUCCUGCUCCGGAUUGCACCCGCUCCCACACCCACUGAUGCCGAAGGGCUGCCCCAGCAGCAGCAGCUGCAGCAGCUGGAGCCACAGCCCGAGUGCCAGGGUCCCGUGGAGGCUGAGGCCAGGCAGCUGAAGAGCUGCAUGAAGCCGGUGAGGCGCAGCCCCUACUCUGUGCCAGGCCCUGGUGUCUGGCUUGAUGUCCUCAUUUCCCUCGACUGCCCUGUGCUUGGUGUACACAUCCUGGCUCCCCUGUGCUCCGUUUUAAGGCCUAACGAGGAGGAGCUGAGGAUGAAGAGUGCGGACGAUAAUACCCCUGCUGUGGCAGAGCGUCCUGAUGUCCAGGAGUCAGUGGGUCCCUUGGUGGCCCCCACGCCUCUCCGUCCGUGGCCCCAGAUGACACUUCAGGUUUCUGAAGUUACAGUGACUGGCAAACCCUCAGAGGAAGGUGAUGUCCCCAGAAGCAGUCCACCUGUGGCUUUCACAGAGGUCCCCCAGGCACCGGCCAUCAGGAUUCCCCUCUCUUCCUCCCUCUGUGGCCUGGGUGGCUCUCCCAGGGACCAGGCCUCGGGGCCCGAUGCAAGCGAGGGGGCAGCUGGGCCUUUCCUGGAACCCAGCCAGCGACAGGUGGAGGCCACGUGGGAAGUAUCCAGAGAGAAUGGAAGGGGCCGAAAGGACCCCAUAGUGGGAGCUAUCAUGGAUGAGCCCCCCGGGGGUCUGGAGGUCGUGAGUGGGUUGGAGGAGCUGCUUGGCGAGGACACCAUUGACCAGGAGCUGGAGCAGCUCUACCUGUCCCACCUGAGCCGCCUGCGGGCUGCCGUGGCUGCUGGUGGGGCAGGAGGUGGUGGGGAGGGCCCCACAGAUGGGGGGGUAUCUCCCAGCCAUCCCCUGGGCAUACUCACGGACCGCGACCUGAUCUUGAAGUGGCCUGGCCCCGAGCGGGCCCUGAACAGUGCCCUGGCUGAGGAGAUCACGCUGCACUAUGCCAGGCUGGGGCGUGGUGUGGAGCUCAUCAAGGACACCGAGGACCCUGAUGAGGAGGGGGAGGGGGAAGAGGGGCUCUCCAUCAUACCCUCCAGCCCAGAAGGGGACACCCCCAAGGAAUCGCCUCCGGAAAUCCUCUCUGGGGCCCAUCCCGUGGUAGCCACUAUGGGAGAUGUGUGGCUCCCGUGGGCAGAAGGCUCAGGAUGUAACAGCCCUGUGGUUCUGAGUAUGGAAGGUCAGUUCACUGGGGCUCCAGAGAAGGGGAUGGGCAAGGACUCUGACUCUUUGCAUGUGAAUAGGGUGAUAGCUGGGGUGACUGGGUCACCAGGGGGGACAGAAGUCCAGAUGGAGUUUACCACUGAGUUGGCAGACAGAUCGGUUUCUAUAUCCGGCAAGGAGCCAGCUGCUCCAGUCCUGCAGGGGCAAGAUCUCCCCCUCCUUGGUUCCUUGGGGGCUGAAGUCUGUCCUUCCAUUCCGACCAGGCCCCAUGUGAGCUCCCAGGAUGAAGAGGGUUCAGGCUCAAGCCUUGAGCCCCCAAAGAGGUCUCCUACCCUAGCAGCCCCUGCAGAGAGUGUGUGUGUAUUGCCUCCCCAGCUCUGGGGGCCCUUGACCCAGACUCUGGGGGUCCUGGCUGGGCUGGUGGUUGUCCCUGUGGCUCUGAACAGUGGUAUGUCCCUCCUGGUGCUUGCGCUGUGCCUCUCUCUGGCCUGGUUCUCGUAGGAGCUGUUUGUGAGAUCAGCAAUAACAGGCUUCCCCCUCUCUGGGGAGGGGUAGCCCCUCCCCCCAGAGGGUUCAGAUGGGAUGUAUGGCCUGUACAGCGAAGGGUCCUUUGCUUCUGAGAAUGCUUGACUGGAGAGAGGCCUUCCUGUCCCUUAUCUCUCCAGUUAGCAUGGGACUCCCUGCGGUGAUACCAGUGGAGAGAAAGAGCAUGGGUGGAUGGUGUGAGUGAGAACUUUCAGAAUGGAACUGGGCAUGUCCUCCCUUCCCAUCCCACCCCCCCAAGCCUGUAUUUAUUUUUGUAUAAUUCUCUGGAUGAGGGAGCGUGGUCAUGAGCUGGUCUUGGGGCACAAUUACCCAGAGAUAUAUUUAUUAACAGCCAACCUGUGCAACCUGCUGGAGCUUUAUUUUUAAUUUAAUUUAUAUAGAGUACCUAUUAUUAUA